UCUUCUUGAAGGCGGGACCUCCCGGUCACAGGCUCUAUUGAUUUGCUGUCACAUUCGGCCCGUAACCGGAAGCUCUAUGGCGCAACAUGACGGCUCCGAGCGGUUCCACUGAGCCGGCUUGGGUCCCGGGCCCGCCGCGUGAGUAGGUGGUGGUUGAAUCUACAGAGGCAUGAGCUGGGUGCAGGCCAGCCUGCUGGCCCGAGGCCUCUCGAGAGGCUGGGGAGGCAUCUGCUGGACUGCCCUGUCAGGAGCACCCUUUGCUCAGGUGCCCUUCCAGGCCCCACGAGGCCUCCACUGCAGUGCAGUGACACACAAGGAUGAGGUGUGGUUGGUUCCUCGAGCCCCCGAGCCCCAGAGGAAGCCCAUCCCAGCUAUGCAUGAAGACCUGUUCAGGCCAUCGGCAAACGGGGAUCAGGACAAGGCAAACUUCCUCCGAGCAGUGCACAGCUUUAGGGAGCACAGCGUGCGCAAGCGCGGCCAUGUGGACUUCAUCUACCUAGCACUGCGCAAGAUGCCAGAGUUCGGCGUGGAGCGGGACCUGUCAGUGUACAACCUGCUGCUGGAUAUCUUCCCUAAGGAGGUCUUCCGGCCCCGCAACGCCAUCCAGCGCAUCUUCGUCCACUACCCACGGCAGCAGGAGUGUGGAAUCGCCGUCCUGGAGCAGAUGGAGCGGCACGGAGUCAUGCCCAACACAGAGACGGAGUUCCUGCUCAUUCAGAUAUUUGGACGCAAAAGUUACCCCAUGCUCAAGUUCAUACGGAUGAAGCUGUGGUUGACCCGAUUCAAGAAUAUCAACCCCUACCCUGUGCCCCGAGAUCUGCCCCAGGACCCUUUAGACCUGGCCAAGCUGGGCCUGCGACACAUGGAGCCUGAUCUCAGUGCCAAGGUCACUGUCUACCAGAAGUCUUUUCCCAGUGACUCGACAGGCAUGGAAGAUCGCCCCCGGCCCCACAUUGUAGGCAUCCAGAGUCCAGAUCAGCAAGCCGCCCUGGCCCGCCACGAUCCUGCCAGGCCUGUGUUUGUGGAGGGCCCCUUCCCUCUCUGGCUGCGCAAUAAGUGUGUCUAUUAUCACAUCCUGAGAGCUGACCUGCCACCCCCUGAGGACGAGAAAGCAGAGGAGAUCCCGGAGGAGUGGAACCUGUACUACCCAAUGACGCUGGACCUGGAGUAUUCAAGGGGUGACUGGGACGACUACGAGUUUGAUGUGGAUGAAGUGACAGAAGGCCCCAUCUUCGCCAUGUGCAUGGCUGCUGCCCAUGACCAGGCAACGUUGGUCAAGUGGAUCCAGGGCUUGCAGGAGAGCAACCCAGCCCUGGCACAGAUCCCAGUGGUAUUCCGCCUGGCCAGGUCCACGGAGGAACUCCUCAUAACCUCAAGGCAGGAGGGACAGUCUGCUUCCCAUGUCCCUCCUAAGGGCCAGGAGGAGGAUGAGGUCCUUCAGGCACAACAGCAGCAGGGUCAGAGCUGAGGCUGAGCUGGACUGGUAUGAAAUAAUAAUGAGAAAAUAAAAAAAUCAAAAUC